GACUGCCGUAUGGUGCAAAUGAUGGUAUCCGUUUCCUCUUGAACAAUUUGCCAGUACACGUGUACACCACCUCUACAGUAGUGUACGUGGAGAUCUGUUUAGCUCCCGUUUCACCGUUUCCAACAGAUGGCCUAUGAUGCGGUAAGUCAAAGUCGAUCUUGUACGCAGUACACUAUAUCCUACGAUGCCUUCAUCUAGGUACACUACCUCGGCCUGUGAAACCAGCAUCGACAGCUGGGCGUUUCGAGGCUUCUGCUGUGUUCAUCCAGAUCUCCCUAAAAGCAUUUCAUAGGACAAUGGCCGACGCCCACCGCGCCAACUCGGCAACCGCAUCGCUGCCACCGCUGCCACCGCUGCUACGGAGAAAGCUGGUCGGUAGCGCCAAGCGUUACUCAACACGACGCCGUGUUGCCGUUGCCCGCCCCUCCCUUUCGAGACUUUGAGAAGCCAAGAUGGCAAUUCGAGAUUUCCUUGUCGUUGUUGCCUGCUUGAGAGUCUUGGGACCUCAUGAUAUGGAUGGAUCCGAGAUUCCGGGAAUGGAUGGCGCCGUCGGUGUCCAAAUAUCCACUGCCGACGCUAGAAGCACUAGUAGUUUAGUGCAGUCGUGUCCAGAGCACGAGAAUCUCGUGUUGUGUUGCCUUUUGACCGUUUUUGGGGUCACCAGGGGAACAGAGUUCUUGGUGUUGACGGUGUUGGAUGCUUCCGUACAAAAUAUUAGUGGUGCCCCUGAAUGUGAGAACAACGACCAGGGGGGGUGACUUUGACAUGGGUUCAUAGCGCCACAAAUCUGGAGCGUUCCCUAAGACCCUAACAGGCCCCAGCAAGGGUCUCUCGGCUGCGAUGGCCUCUGAUUGGUGGUGCUGUCUCUCAAAGGGCUCCUCCUGAACGCGGCGCUGCUGGCUUGGGAACGCUUGGGAAAGGCUUGGGACGUUGGCUUGGCU